AUGCUCCCCGAGGCGGGCUCCCUGUGGCUGCUGCGGCUGCUCCGGGACGUCCAGCUGGCCCAGUUUUACCGGCCCAUCCAUGAGGAGCUUAAUGUCACUCGGCCAGAGCACUUCGACUUUGUAAGACCUGAGGACCUGGAUGGCAUUGGCAUGGGCCGGCCUGCCCAGCGGAGACUGGCCGAAGCUCUGAAGAGGCACCGUUCGGGGCUCAAGUCUAAGAACUGGGUCUACAAGAUCCUUGGGGGCUUUGCCCCUGGGCAGAAGGAGACCACCCCACCCUCAGACAGCCUUCCAUCCCUCCCUGAGCCAGAUGGGGGACUCAAGUGUCUGAUCCCAGAUGGGGCUGUGUGCAGAGGGGAGCUUCUGGGCUCCGGCUGCUUUGGUGUGGUGCACCGAGGGCUGUGGACACUGCCCAGCGGACAGACUGUCCCAGUGGCUGUCAAGUCCCUCCGGGUUGGUCCUGAAGGCCCUGAGGGCACUGAGCUAGGGGACUUCCUGCGAGAGGUGUCCAUCAUGAUGAACUUGGAGCACCCACAUGUGCUGCGUCUGCACGGCCUCGUGCUGGGCCAGCCUCUACAGAUGGUGAUGGAGCUGGCACCCCUGGGCUCCCUGCACAUGCGCCUGACCACUCCAGCCCCCACACCCCCGCUGCCCGUGGCCUUGCUCUGCCUCUUCCUGCGACAGGUGGCGGGGGCCAUGGCGUACCUCGGGGCCCGCGGGCUGGUGCACCGAGACCUCGCUACGCGCAACCUGCUGCUGGCUUCACCACGCACGAUCAAGGUGGCUGACUUCGGGCUGAUGCGGCCGCUGUGCGGCGCCCGGGGCCGCUACAUCAUGGGCGGGCCCGGCCGCAUCCCCUUUGCCUGGUGCGCACCAGAGAGCCUGCGCCACGGCGCCUUCUCUUCUGCCUCGGACGUGUGGAUGUUUGGGGUGACGCUGUGGGAGAUGUUCGCCCGGGGCGAGGAACCCUGGGCCGGGGUCCCGCCGUACCUCAUCCUGCAGCGGCUGGAAAAGGACCGAGCUCGCCUGCCUAGGCCUCCCCUCUGCUCCAGAGCCCUCUACGCCCUCGCCUUGCGCUGCUGGGCCCCCCACCCUGCUGACCGGCCCACCUUUUCCUACCUAGAGGGGCUGCUCCAAGAGGCCUCGCCUCCUGAGGGAUGUUGUGUGAGGGAAGUCACAGAGCCUGGUGCCCUGAGGAUGGAGCCUGGUGACCCCAUCACUGUCAUCGAGGGCAGCCCCGACUCCACCACUUGGAAGGGCCAGAAUGGUCGCACAUUCAAAGUGGGCAACUUCCCAGCCUCGGCAGUGAUGCUGGUAGACUCACCAGCCACCCGUCCAGCCCUCAGAGGUUCCCCUGCCCGGGGAGAGCGACACCAGGGAAACAGAGAUGGGGACAGAGUGAAGGCGAAGGUUCGGGACCCCCCUCCAGCUCGGGGCCAGAGAAGGAAUGUGGACCUGCAGAGGACGAAAGGCAUUUCCAAGAGUCUAGAGUCGGUUCUGUCUCUGCGACCCCGCCCCACAGGAGGUGGGUCAAGCCCCCCCGAACUUCGACAUGCCAGAACUGUGCCCCAGGGACCCCCAGGCCUGCCCCCCCGCCCCCCCGUAGCCGCCAGCUCUUCUUCCCAGCCCAGCCAGCCUCCCAGGGAGCGGCCUCCCUGGCCCAAAAGAGAACCUCCACACAGUCACCCCGGGGGAGCGCCUGGAGCCAGCAAAGCCACCGUCCCCUCUGGAGGACCCUUGCCUGACCCCGAGUUGCAGAGGAGGAUUAUGGAGGUGGAGAUGAGCGUGCACGGAGUCACUCACAAGGAGUGCCAGGAGGCUCUAAGGGCCACCGGGGGAGAUGUGGUUUCUGCCAUCCGGAACCUCAAGGUGGACCAGCUCUUCUACCUCAGCAGCUGGUCCAAAGCGGACUGCCGGCGCAUCCUGGAGCGUUACCAGUGGGACCUCUCAGCCGCCAGUCGCUACGUCCUGGCCCGGCCCUGAGCUCUGCUCCUUUGGGCACGGACACCAGAUGGACCAAGGGCCUGGCCACGUGGGACCAAGCAGAACCGGAACAAGGUCCUGACAGGGUGUUUGCCCACCUGGGGAGAGCCUGCCGUAGCAGGAACGGGAGGAGCCCAGGAUCGGGCACUGGUGUCUCCUCACCCUGCCCCUUGGCUCUGAGGGCGCAAGCUUGCUUGCCCAUAGGAGGAUCUCAUCCACCCGGCCCACCACAUUCCCUACAAGAGGAGGACUUGGAGGAACAGAGCUGCGACACAUCACACCCGUAGGAAGCUUCUGUCACUACAGAAAAUGAGCAAGAGGCCAUCUGGGCCACGGGAAAGCCACCCUGAACUGCCAUCAGCUGCCACACUGGGCUCUGUGGGAGCAGCCUUCUUGGAUGACGGGCACAGCCAUCCUGACUUGGGACAAAUGGACCAAACUGCCUUGGUUUGGUCUGGGGCCACCAUGGGUGAUGACAUGGCUCUCUUAGACUCGAGGACACUUGAUCCUGGCGGCAUGGCUUAUGAGGUGGGCCAGCCCCCGCCCACCCCAGCUGUCAUAUUUCCCUUUGUUUCCUCCCACACCCAACUCUUCCUCCUACCCUCUCCCAUUACAUACAUCUUCCAAUAUCCAAAAAGUU